CAUCUCCAGCUAACAUGUCUGCCUCCUGAUUUUAUCUUCUCUUCACCAUGCAGGCUGCUGGGGCUGUUUUGCAGUCACGUUGAGCACAUCACACAUUAAGGGCCCUUUAAAGACCUGGAUUGAUCGGAAGGACAAAAAUUAAAAGCAACCUGAUCCAGCCCCAUGCCGGAUCCCUGCGGAUCUCCUCCUCAUCCCAUUUCCAUCCACUGUCACAAUCUGAGAGUCUGCCCGAUUUGAUCAGCUUCCCCUCCAGGGGAGGUGUAACGCCAAGGUUAGGAGGACGCCAAGUUACUGGCCACUUUUUCAUCUGCCCAUCAGCAACUUGAGAAACGCUGGCUCUGGAUUUUCCGUGUAUCAGCCAUUUGGAAAACACACGCUCCCACCGUUGGCAAGCCUGCAUUGCUCAAGCGGAUGGCACAUCCCCGCCACCACGGCUUGGUAGAUGUGGCAUUUCCAUGCUGAGGCCCCGAGUCCCCCCUGACCCCACCACCACCAUUCCAGUGCCCCUCUGGGCUCCACCCUUGUGGACUUCGAAGCCAUGCUGCUGCACCUGCUGGCCCUCUUCCUGCACUGCCUCCCUCUGGCCUCCGGGGACUAUGACAUCUGCAAAUCCUGGGUGACCACAGACGAGGGCCCCACCUGGGAGUUCUACGCCUGCCAGCCCAAGGUGAUGCGCCUGAAGGAUUACGUCAAGGUCAGAGUGGAACCCUCAGGCAUCACAUGCGGAGACCCCCCUGAAAGGUUCUGUUCCCAUGAGAACCCUUACCUGUGCAGUAAUGAGUGCGAUGCCUCCAACCCCGACCUGGCCCACCCACCCCGGCUUAUGUUUGACAGGGAAGAUGAGGGACUGGCCACCUACUGGCAAAGCGUCACGUGGAGUCGCUACCCCAGUCCGCUGGAAGCUAACAUUACCCUCUCCUGGAACAAGAGCGUGGAGCUGACAGACGAUGUGGUGAUGACUUUUGAAUAUGGCCGGCCCACGGUCAUGGUCCUCGAGAAAUCCCUGGACAAUGGCCGCACCUGGCAGCCCUACCAGUUUUACGCAGAGGACUGUAUGGAGGCCUUUGGCAUGUCUGCCCGCCGGGCCCGAGACAUGUCACCCUCCAGCGCCCACCGGGUGCUCUGCACGGAGGAGUACUCACGCUGGGCAGGCUCCAAGAAAGAGAAGCACGUGCGCUUUGAGGUGAGGGACCGCUUUGCCAUCUUUGCCGGCCCUGACCUGCGCAACAUGGACAACCUGUACACGAGGUUGGAGAGCGCCAAGGGCCUCAAGGAGUUCUUCACCCUCACUGACCUGCGCAUGCGCCUGCUGCGCCCUGCGCUGGGCGGCACCUACGUGCAGCGAGAGAACCUCUACAAGUACUUCUACGCCAUCUCCAAUAUAGAAGUCAUCGGCAGGUGUAAAUGCAACCUGCAUGCCAACCUGUGCACAGUGCGCGAGGGCAGCCUGCAGUGCGAGUGUGAGCACAACACCACAGGCCCCGACUGUGGCAAGUGCAAGAAGAACUUCCGCACACGGGCCUGGCGAGCUGGCUCCUACCUGCCGCUGCCCCAUGGCUCUCCCAACGCCUGUGCGGCUGCGGGCUCCGCCUUUGGCAGUCAGCCCAAGCCACCUGCUGUUGCCCCCCUUGGGGACAGCUUCCUCGGGCCCCAGGUGUCCACCAAUGCAGAAGCUGUGGCUAUCUCUGUUGCUGCCCCUUCCCAAGCCAAGGGCUCCACACUUUUCCAGCUCAAGCCCAGAUCUCCUCAGGUGAUCCCCAUUGAAGAAUUUCAAGACUGCGAGUGCUAUGGCCACUCCAACCGCUGCAGCUACAUUGACUUCCUGAAUGUGGUGACCUGUGUGAGCUGUAAACACAACACCCGAGGCCAGCACUGCCAGCACUGCCGCCUGGGCUACUACCGGAACGGCUCUGCUGAGCUGGAUGAUGAGAAUGUCUGCAUUGAAUGUAACUGUAACCAGAUCAGCUCCGUGCACGACCGGUGCAAUGAGACAGGCUACUGCGAGUGCCGGGAGGGCGCGGUGGGGCCCAAGUGCGAUGACUGCCUUCCCACGUAUUACUGGCACCAAGGAUGCUAUCCCAACGUGUGCGAUGACGACCAGCUGCUCUGCCUGAACGGCGGCACCUGCGAGGAGAACCAGCGCUGCCUCUGCCCGCCCGGCUAUACCGGCGUGCGCUGCGAGCAGCCCCGCUGUGACCUCGCCGACGGCGGUGGCCCGGACUGUGACCGCGCCCCAGGCACCGCACCGCGCCCCGACACCCUGCUCGGCUGCCUGCUGCUGCUCGGGCUGGCCGCCCGUCUCGGCUGCUGAGCCCGUUCUAGGGGUCCGGGAGUUCCGGGCCCAGCGGCAACACCGGUGAGGCCGAGCUGCUCCCAGGUGCUACUCGCAGAGUCCUCCCGCCCUCCCUGCUCCGCCCGCGCUCACCCGCCCCGCCCGGCACUGCCAUCGACGCCCACGGGGGGCGCUGUGGAGCCCUGGCCCGGCGGACUGCAAUUUUCAGUUUUCUUCUUUUUUAUGACCUAACGAAUCUAUUAUUUCCCCCUUUCCCGUUUUUCUUUCUUUGCAUUCUUUUCUUCU